AUGGAAGCUGGGAGUACCACUGCAACUAACAGGCUUUCAAAGGCAUUUGUGGCUGAGAACAAUACUACCAAACUUGUUAAGUCUUCAAAACGAGCUAGUUUAUCUAAGGGAAGGAAAAAGGCAGGAAUUCUACAAGAUAAAUCCUUCAAAAAGGACUUGGAUAGAAUGAGAAUAUCCAGGAGUGGUUCUGAAAAUGUAGCAUUUGACAAUAGUGUCAGAGAAUACGGAUUGGAAUCCAUAGUGGACACCUCGAAUGCACCCCUUCAUACAAAUCCCGUCAUAUUAGUUGGACAUGAAGAGGAUAGAGAUGGACAAUUUAAUGAUCAGGAUGUAGAAGAAAAACCCAAAACCAACACCUUCCGUCUAAAUGAACCAGCCAAGAUACGGGGAAUUCCUCAACAGGAAAGAUAUCUAGACUUGAAAGCCAGGGUAAAGGAAUUGAGGAAAGAGAAUCACAGGCUUUACCGCCAGUUGCAGGAUGAGGCCGAGUUUUCAUUGCAGCUUAAAGAAGAAAACCGGAUUCUAUUGGAUGAGCUGAAGCGGAAAUGCGGACCAGAUAUCAUCAGUUCCCUUGAGGCCGAAAAUCCAGAUCAAACCACUCAAUCUACUGAUAGUUAAAGCUACUUGCGAGAGCUGAGGAACGGAAGUUAUUGCGACUUUUCUUCCUUAAAUGACGUAUAGAACGAAAUUUUCAGGCAGAUAAUAGAACUAGUUUAGACUGGGGUUGUCUGCGUAGGUGUUCAUAUAUCAAUGGUUCCAUAGGCAAGAAGG